GCCCCCUCCUGCCCCGUGAAGCCCGGGCUGUCCUUCCCCUUGUGGCCAACUCCUGGCGAAUACUGCUGCACCGCGGAGAGCCCGCAAGAGAGCAGAAGGUGGAGCCAGCUCUAACGUCUUCUCCAUGUUUGAUCAAUCCCAGAUCCAGGAGUUUAAAGAGGCCUUCACCAUCAUGGACCAGAACCGGGAUGGCUUCAUCGACAAGGAGGACCUGAGGGACACCUUUGCAGCCUUGGGCCGCAUCAAUGUGAAGAAUGAGGAGCUGGAGGCCAUGGUGAAGGAGGCCCCCGGGCCCAUCAACUUCACCGUCUUCCUGACCAUGUUUGGGGAGAAGCUGAAGGGUACGGACCCUGAGGAGACCAUUCUCCACGCCUUCAAAGUCUUUGACACCGAAGGGAAAGGUUUCGUCAAGGCUGAUUUCAUCAAAGAGAAACUCAUGACCCAGGCAGACCGGUUCAGUGAGGAGGAGGUCAAGCAGAUGUUUGCGGCUUUCCCGCCAGAUGUGUGUGGUAACCUGGACUACCAGAACCUGUGCUACGUCAUCACACACGGUGAGGAGAAGGACUAGGAGGCCAGGGAUCACCAUUCAGAGGCAGCGAACACCGGCGGUGUUUUGGGGUGACCACCGGGGAGCCCCUACAGCCAACGUGUGCAAAGAAGAGGCUCCCCUGGCCCCAUGGCUCGGG